GACAUCAUGGGCGCUUGAGCUAGCAAUGACCUCACGAGCUCUACCUUAUAAGACAGGUAUCGCUCGGUAGUCCUCAGCUCUCUCUUCAAUUGUUGGUUCCUUUACUCAAUUUCAAUUUUAACGUUAAUACUACAAUCCAUCACGAACCACAAUCAGAACCAUAUCAGAUCUACAACCAUGGACGUAUUCUACGCCUACACCUACUCAACAGCGGGCUGGCUCUCCCUGCAGAGCGUCGCUCUAAUCGCCGUGCCUGAAAUGAUGACCACAAUGCUGGAACAAGAAAGCAGACAGCCAUCCUCAAUUGAAACCUACCUCUCUCGCUGCCUGGGCAUGAGCCUCCUCACAAUCGCCAUUCUUACCGUCAUGCUGACCGGCUCCAUCCCCCUCACGGCGUCCAUCACCGACCCCGUCACAACCGAUGACUCUGAUCCCAAGGCGCCCUACGCGGUGCCGACGAUGCAAGUGACCACCAUCUUCCACUUUAUUUCGGCCGGGUAUGCGUACGCCUGGUUCGCGGAUAAGGGCCAAUUGGCGUUUGGGGUCGGGAUGGUGGUUUCCGGGGCGCUGGCUUCGUUGGGUAUCUGGUGUGCGCUUUUUGCCAGCAGUAAUGGAAAGAUUAGUCGGAAGACCGGGGCGGAUAAGAGGACCACGGGGUUUCCCUUCAAAAAUAGGGAGGCGGAGAAGAAGCAUGGGAAGGGGUUGUAAGGGCUUUGAUGUGGGUUGGUAAGUUAUGGAUGGUGUUAUUUAGGUGGUGUUGAUGGUGAUUUUGAUGGUUGAAGAUGCGGUUAGAGAUGGGGAGAUGUUACUGUAUGCAUUAAAUGCAUAGUGCUGACAUUGCACAAAAUGAACUAAGAUGAUUUUGAU